UGUAAACUUUGGCGUAGCUUAAAGUUUGAUGCGCACUGCGCGAAAUAUUAAAAUAACUUGAAUGAGUGAAGUGGUCACACCCUCACAGCAGAUAUAACAGUUAAGCUUUUAUCUUCGAUUAUCGCCAUGAGCUCCUGUGGUUUGCCAUUGGAAACAUCAGAGCAUGCCAGUAUGGCCUUAAACAGCCGUCCGUCCCCCACGUCUACUGUGCACGGAGCCAACAUGUCAGACGUGCCGCCGGUUUCAAAACUUGAACUGAAUAACAGGAGACACUCGGAAGGAGAUGCUCCAUUACGAACGGGCAGAAACACUUCAGAACUUGCCGGCAGAGGCACCACUAUUGAUGACCUACCAGACGAACUGUUGCUGGAGAUUUUCUCGUACUUUAGCUUCACUGAAAACAUUGACGUUUUACAAGAGGUGUGCCCUCGCUGGAAAAUUCUGGCCCAGGAUUCUCACUUGUGGCUCGACAAGAAGUACGUUGUCGGUUACAAAACGACUGAAGAGGAGGCCAUCGCAACAUUUUCCGCCGUGCCACAGCUGCGGACUGUGAUCCUGGACAAGGAUGUUUCACCCGGGGUCUUGGAGGCUCUGUCUGCCAGCUGUCCGCAUCUCACCACUCUGGAGGCGACUUAUCUGCAGGUGCUGACUUACUUGGAAGCAGACAACCUCUUUGCCGAGUGCAAAGAGAUCCGCACACUGACCAUUUCUGACAACAGUUUCGAUGUGGACGUGAGGUUCUUUGAUGCCUUGGCGCGGGUGGCAGACCUACGAGUGCUGCACCUAGGUGUUUAUCUUCCUCAGAAGACGUCAUUUCCACUGAACUUGUUAGCUGAUACCUGUCCCCAUUUGUGUGACUUAAAACUGGGGAGCUGUGGCAAUAUUUGCUACCAGAUUCGAGAUGCCGAGUAUUUUGUCAGUACCCACAGACACGUGCUCGAGCGCCUGAGUAUCAGUUGGAUGUCAGUCGAAGGAAGGUGUAUUGUCCCACUGCUGUCUGCGUGUGCUGAGACGCUGUGUCGCCUGGAGGUGUUCGACUGCAACGAGCGGACCGUCGAGGAGGCCACGGAUAUGUUCGCUACCCUGGGGCGAGUCCACAGCCUGCGGCAGCUCCUCUUACACGUCAGUGACUCGAAAGUCCGACACUUAAUUCCUGCUGUGUUUGAGAAUGGAGGAUUGCCGAAACUACAGCAGCUUUCACUCUCCUGCCUCAUUGCGGAUGAGACGACACGCGCCUUGGUGCCGCUCUGCCCGGACCUGCGAGAACUCGAGCUGGUGUCCUGCGAGGGGCAUACGGACGCUCUUUUUGAGCCGCUCUGCCGACUCGAAAAGCUGGAAAAACUGAAAAUCAAUUCUUGUAAAUGUCUCGGUGAAUACGCAAUGUCGCACAUAGCUAAACUGCCAGCACUGAACACUUUGGAGUUCAGGGACCUUAAAUUUGAUAAAUUAAAACCCAGUGUGGACUGCAUCCUCGAAAUAUCGGGGCUCCGCUGGCUUUACCUAUUCGAAAGUGACUGCUGGGCCAUACCGUUUGACAAGUUUCCCGGCAGACUGGUGAACCUGAGAGUGUUGGAGGUCGACUGCUGCGAAGGAGACCAGAUAGCACUGGACAGAAUUAGUGCCCAGAUGCCAGACCUGACAGUGGAGGGGUACCUUUGGGAACCAUUCCCCAGACAAUAUUCACAAAAUUGUUUUGUGUGACACCAUUUUCAGUUCACACACAGACACCACUCAAACUGGGUAGCUGUGGGACUGGCACUGUGCUGGAAGCUGCUCUCAUAUUCCACAGACCCUGACUUCCAAACUCAGACAAUGCCUCCACUCCUUUACUUCCUCAGCUUCAAAAGGGCAUCGGAUGCCCUAAAUAAGAAGACAGGAAACUGAAAAUGACCAACGGGACACAAGUGAAGGUUUUAGUAACAGCAUAUGUGAUGAGUGUCUCUAUUUUAUUGUAAACAAUUGUAUUUAAUUAUCAGUGAAUUGAGAGACUGCAUGUUAUUGAAAGUUCUGCUGAUGCAUAUAAAAGUUUGUUUCUUUUUACAGCAUAGUGAAAAGUGUGCGUUGUUUUUAAUAAUUAGUGGCUGAAAGUAUUUGUGUAUAAAUCUAGAUUUAAAUUUUUGAUGUGUUGUAA